AUGGCUAGUCCGACUGUUCUCACCUUUGAUGCUGAGGGACGUGCAGUUGAUUUUGACGUGUGGGUUGACGACCUACAGCUCUUUCUUCAGUGUGAUGCUAGGGAUGGGGUAUCCCUUUUCGAUCACACGUCAGGUGUUUCCACUGCUCCUGCUGCCACUGCUGACAGUACUGUUCGCUCGCAGUGGACCACUUGUGACGCUGUUGCUCGUCUUGCUGUUCGUAGUCACCUGCCGCCUGCUGAGCGCGCGCACUUUGGCCAGUACAAGACUGCUCAGUCUUUGUACGACGCUGUAGUUGCACGCUACUCCUCCCCUGCCACUGCUGCCCUCAGCCGCCUCAUGCUGCCGUACCUUUUCCCUGACCUUGCUGCCUUUGCCACUGUCGCUGACCUAGUUGCUCACCUUCGCGCUAGUGACGCCCGCUACCGCGCUGCCCUUCCCACUGGGUUCUGUGACAAGAACCCCCCCCCUAUGUACAUCACCCUUUACUACCUAGUCACUCGCCUCCCUGACUCCCUCUCUUCAGUCAGGGACCACUUUCUCUUCCUUUGCCCCACCGAGCUGACUGUGGACCUGCUAGAGGAGCGCCUUACUGCAGCAGAGAAGAGUAUCUUAGCUGUAGGUGCUUCUCGCGGCGACCGUCGCACCCCCUUCUUUGAGGGGUGUUCCCCUGUCCCCCUUCUCCCCUCUGUUGCUUCUGCUGCUGCUGUCGACCUCGUUGGCACUGAGGAGGUCGGCGCUGCGUCUGCCCCUAGUGGGAGACGCCGCACCAGCAAGGGCAAGGGGAGCAAGGGUGGUGGAGGGGGCGGCGGGGGAAGCAGUGGAGGAGGUGGAGGCGGCGGAGGAGGUGGCGGUGGAGGUGGGGGUGGUACCGGGACUGGGGGCGUCAGUGGCGGCGGUGGAGGUCGUGGCGGCGGUGGCGGAGGAGGUGGGGGCAGCGGCACCGGUGGUGGAGGUAGCGGCGGAGGUGGUGCUGGUCGAGGUGCAGCCGCGCAGCGUGGAGGCUUUGGUGGCAGCCAGCGCCAGCAGCAGCAGCGCACCUGUGAGACCCCGUCGGUUCAGCAGCUUCGUGAGUGGUACGCUGGGCGUGGGAGGUCUGGGGGUGCAGGUCCCUGCUCUUACGUUCUUCGCACCGGCACCCGUAGUGGGGAGCAUGAUCUGCUUCUGCAGAAUGUGCCUAUCUUUGAUCUAGACUUUGAUGCUAUCCUUGCUGCCAUGUAUGCUCUUGCUGAUAGUGCUGAGGGUGACUGUUACCUGAGUGUCCCGCCCGACCCGCGCAUUGCGGCUGCUGCUCUAGGUGCUAGUGCGUCAGCUGCUCCAGGUACUAGUGCGUCUGCUACUCCAGGUGCUGGUACGUUUGCUCUCUCUGGUACUGCACCUACUGAGUCCUUGCACACUUUCACACUUGAGUCUAGUGCUUCGCGCUCUUUCUUUAGAGACAACACCACGCUCACGCCGCUCUGUCGGCCUGUUGCGGUCUCCCUUGCAGACCCCUCUGGGGGCCCAGUCCUUGCACACUCCUCCACGGUUCUACCGUGUCCUGCGGCCCCGUCGGGCUUGCUGUCGGGACUCCACCUCCCCUCGUUCUCUACGAACUUGGUGAGUGGAGCUGACCUCCAGGACGCGUGGGUUGACCAGUUCACCCCUGUAGGUCAGCGUGUGACCCACUGCACUUGCUCUCGGACGGGCCGCCACCUGGCCACGUUCACCCGUCGGCCAGGGUCGAGUCUGUACACACUGACUACUGCGCCUCCUCCGGUCCCUGCGUCUGGUCAGGUAGCUGCGUCCAGUCAGGUGUUUGCUGCCACGUCCAGGUCUAGACCUGCGUCUGCCCCCUGCUCGUGUCGUCCUCUGGCGCACGAGACUCUCCUUUGGCACCACCGCCUUGGUCACCCCUCCCUGCCUCGUCUUCGAGGUAUGGCCUCCCGUGCUCUUGUCUCUGGACUCCCCAGGUCCCUCCCUCCCCUUCCUCCGGGGCCUGCCCCCACCUGUGUUCCCUGUGUCGAGGGCCGGCAGCGCGCCGCUCCUCACUCCUCCUCGUUCCCUCCGACUGAGGCCCCUCUGCAGACUCUUCACAUGGACGUGUGGGGCCCAGCCCGCGUCCGUGGACAGGGUCACGAGCGCUACUUCCUGCUGGUCGUUGACGACUACUCGCGUUACACCACAGUCUUCCCCUUGCGCAGCAAGGGUGAGGUCCCUGAGGUAUUGAUCGACGGGAUCCGCGGUGCUCGUCGCCAGCUCAGUGAGAGUUUCGGCUCAGACCUUCCUGUUCUGCGUCUGCACUCUGACAGAGGCGGGGAGUUUUCCUCCGACCUCCUGAGAGCCUUCUGUCGUUCGGAGGGCAUCCGCCAGACGUUCACGCUUCCGGCCUCCCCGCAGCAAAAUGGGAUUGCUGAGCGCCGCAUUGGCAUGGUCAUGGACGUCGCUCGUACGUCCAUGUUCCAUGCGGCUGCUCCCCAUUUUCUGUGGCCGUUCGCGGUUCGGUACGCUGCGCAUCAGAUCAACCUUCAGCCUCGUGUCUCCUUGCCGGAGACCACACCUACUCUGCGGUGGACGGGGAAGGUUGGCGAUGCGUCCGCGUUCCGUGUAGACCCUGUCGAGCCGGUCGAGGCAGCUGUCGACUCAGGUGCUGAGUCUGGGGGUGCUGAGCCUGCAGGUGCGGGGACUGGGGGUGCUGAGUCUGGGGGUGCUGAGUCUGGGCGUGCUAUGCCUGGGGGUGCUGAGCCUGGGCGUGUGGAGCCUGAGGGUACUGUGUCUAGAGGUGCUGAGCCUGCGCGUGCUGCGUCUGGAGGUGCUCUAGGUGUCCCGCUGUGGCGGGAGCCUCUCUCUCCACAGCAGCUUCGUGAGUGGUACUCUCGGCGCUGUCAGGGUGCUACUGGAGCUACUGGAGGUACUGCUGAGGCUUCUGGAGGUGCUGCUGGUGCUGGUGCUACUGGUCGUGCUGCUGGUGCUGGAGGUGCUGCUGGAGGUGCUGCUGGUGCUGGAGGUACUGCGGGAGCUUCUGGAGGUGCUGCUGGUGCUGGUGCUGCUGGAGGUGCUGCUGGUGCUGGAGGUGCUGGAGGUGCUGCUGGUGCUGGAGCGGCUGGAGGUGGUGCUUGUGCUGGAGCUGCUGGAGGUGGUGCUGGUGCUGGAGAUGCUGGAGGUGCUGCUGGUGCUGGAGCUGCUGGAGGUGCUGCUGGGACUGGAGACCCUGGGGCUGAGGGUACCGGUUCUUUCUCUGCUGUUUCUGGAGGCGUUGUGCGGUCGCGGCCGUACUACGUUACGCUUCUUCAGCAGGUUCUUGGCUCCCCGCCUUCUCCUGGUCCUCCUCCUCCUUCCCUGAGUCCACCGCCUGUCCCGUCUCAGUCGCAGUUACAGUCGGCCUCUCCACUACCUGGUCCUUCUCCUUACUCUGGACCGACUAGAGGUCUUACGGAGCGUCGUGCGCCUGAGUCGCGUCCUGUGUCGCCUGUGUCUCUUUCUACGUCGCCUGUCUGUUCUGUUCGCGCUGGUCAUGUUUCGCGUCCGCAUCCUCCUCCUGUCCCUGGCACUCACUCUAUGUCUCUGCGUCCUUCCACUGCUCCACAGCUUGUCCCUCUGCCCUCUCCUCCUGCGUCCUCUCUUCCUGCCGGCCCGGACCCUGCGUCUGACUCCCUCCGUGCUGCUCGUCUAGCUGUCACGCGUUUUCUGGCCACUGCUGUCACUGACCCUUUGUUUGAGUCCACUGCUACGUCUGCUCUCGUUGCUGAGCUUGUUGACUUUGCUGCUGCCUGUCGCCUAGACUUCGCCACUAGUCUUGUUGCUGAGUCUGCGUCUGUCUGUCCUCCGUCCGUCGGGGGUGAGUGUGCUCUUGGCACGGACGUUCUUGAGGACAGACAGGAGGAGUUUGAGUGCUUUGCUGCUUUUGUACCUCAUCUCGUGUCCAUGCUGCUUGCCCCUGAGGGAGACCCGGAUGCACCAGACAUCCCGACCCCGUGCUCUUACGCAGAGGCGAUAGAGGAUCCCUACUCCUCUCAGUGGGUGAAGCAGCCGCCGGGUUCUCCGCCUGUCUUCAAGGCGCGUUACGUUGCACGUGGCUUCAGUCAGCGACAGGGAGUUGACUUCUUCCAGACCUUCUCCCCUACCCCAAAGAUGACCACUCUUCGGGUACUGCUGCACGUAGCUGCUCAGCGUGACUACGAGCUCCACUCGCUUGACUUCAGCACAACUUUCUUGCAGGGCAGCCUGCACGAGGAGAUCUGGCUGCGCCGCCCACCUGGCUUCACUGGGUCGUUUCCAGCUGGUACCCAGUGGAGCCUCCGGCGGCCAGUCUACGGUCUCCGCUAG